AUGCCACGUGUGGUGCUGACGGGGCUGAUCAUCAGAUGCCGGGUUGAAGCCAGCUCAGCCCACGCUGAUGUCUGUGCUGGGGGAUCUGACACCUGGCUCACCUGCCCAGACUCCUCCAGACACAGCCACACACCGACCCCUGCCUGGACCCAGCCCCCCAGCGGCCAGAGGGGACAAGUCAAGGACUUUCGGAGUCUCCUUGCUUCUGCCAGGUGUCGCGGCCCCGACGUGGCUCUUGUUGGUGUUAAUGAUUUCCUCUUCGUCUCCAGCUGGCUCGUGCUCCAGCACCUCCAGUCGCCCCAUUUGAUCUCUGCACCCGGGAACAAGGUAAUUAAGGCGGCGACGAUUUCAGAGAACAGCUCUGCCUCGACGGGCUGCCCGGCCCCAGACAGCGCUCCAUCCUAA